AUGUCGAAGGAGACCGACGCCGCACAUCAUGAAUAUGCUGUUACAAAAGACGCGGCACAGAAUCUCCCAACAGGAACGGUCAAGCUAGUCGAAGAUGGAGAAAUUGUCUUAAUUCCAACUCCCUCCCCUGACCCAAGAGAUCCUCUCAACCUACCUCAAUGGCAGAAAUGGGUGAUAAGCAGCACUUUAGGAGUUUUCGCUGUGUUGAGUGUCCUCAUGACCUCUGGGAUGGGUCCCAUCAUCACUACCAUCUCGGCCUACUACGACGGUAACCCCAGAACGAACGAUCUAAUGACAUAUCCAACGUUGUUCAUGGGACUUGGAAACGUGAUCGCCGUACCACUCGCUGAGGCUGUAGGGCGUCGCCCAGUAUUCCUGACAUCUGCUUUAAUACUCACUGUCGGCUCAAUUUGGUGCGCCGCGAGUGACAGUCUGGCCUCGCAUAUUGCUGGACGGGAUGUGCUAUCCCUAGCUGCUGGUCAGUCGGAGGCAUUGUGUCCUCUCAUUAUUCAGGAAAUCCAUUUUGUUCACGAACGCAGUAGUAGACUAGCAUGGUUCAGCGCCAUCCAAUCUAUAGGCAGCGCGGCCUUGACUAUUGCCACAGCCUACCUUGUUCAGAGCCUUGGGUGGAGGUGGUGGUACGGCAUAUUCGCUAUCAUAAGCGGCGUUCUAUUUCUGGUCUCCUUUGUAUUGGUCCCAGAAUCUUUGUAUGAACGGCCCACUGACGCGUUCGAGGGUCAGGUCCAUGUUCAGCAUGAGGGCGAAGACCUGGCCAUUGUUCGCGCAACUACAAAACGCAGAGUCGAAUUGGACUUCACACGGUACCAACCGCGUACAUGGCGGCACAGCCUGAAGAUCUUCCACGGGCCUGCAAAGUGGUCGGUAGCGAUAGAGUGCUGGAAGCACAUGCUGCAGUGCAUCUUGUUUCCCAACAUCCUGUGGGUUGUCUUAAUGAACAGUGUCGUGCUCGGGAUCUAUGUGAUCAUGGUCACUGUGUUCGGAACCAUUCUCACUGCCCCGCCAUACAACUAUCCCGCCACAGCUUUAGGCCUUGUCCAAGGAGGCCAGAUAGUCGUCUCGCUGAUCCUAGUCCCUGUUCUCGGAUACGGUGGCGACAAGUUCCACGAAUGGGUAGCAAGACGCCGCAAUGGUGUGGCCGAACCCGAGUUUCGCCUGAUUCCCAUAUUACUGCCUGUCAUUGUGGCACUCAUCUCAUGUGUCAUCUUUGGUCAUGCUGGUUCCGAUCCAUAUCACUGGUCGCCGUGGGCAAUCACAGUCGGUUUCAACGGAGUUUACUUCGGAUUCAUUGGUAUCAUUCUCAUUGGAUACACAUACUCGCUUGAUAGUUAUGGAGAGCGAGCAGGGCCCAUUCUGGUGCUGAUCUGUGCAAUCCGUGGCUUGAUCUCCUUUGGCAUUUCUUUUGGUGUCACUGAGUUUGUUACAGAGAUGGGUUAUAAGCAAGCACUGGAUAUCUGUGCUAUCAUCAUGGGAGCUGUCUCAGUUUUUGGUUUCGUUGUUUUCAUCUUCGGUUCGAAGAUUCGGUUCCUUACGACGAAGUAUGCUGUUGCCAAGAAGACUGCUGAAAUCUAG